CCAGCUCUAGCCCUUUGAGCUCCCUGUAAGUUGGCACACUUCAUCAUUAACUCGCUGAUGAUCGAUUUGGAAAUCUAAAACAGUUCCUCAACAUGAGCACAGGACCAAGAACACAAUCUGCCUUCAUUCAGGGAAACCAGAGCACAGUUGAAAACGAUGCCUCCCACUCAGCACUCUUAUUCCUCUUCCAAGAAGUUUCCAAACUAGCAUCCCCAAUCCACAACGGUUUCCUGGACGCAAAUUCACCCUCCUCGUGGCUACAUGAGACUUCCAGGCAAGGUGCUUUUAUAGUUAAAAAAGAGGAAGAGGAUUCCCAUCUGUUUCAAAACUCUAAUAGUUCCUGCGAGCACAGUUUGUCUCAUAUGUCACCUUAUAAUCAGUUUAAAAGAGUUAGAGAGGAAAGUCACACUAGCAAGGUCACAUCUUUAAUUGAGCCACAUCCUAAGUGCAAUAGCCCCUGGAAAGUACUGAGUCUGAUCAAUCUGCAGUGUGAGAGGCUCCUGCAUCAAAGAGAUGUAGAGGAGUCAGACCAAAGCUCAGAAUCACCCACCACAAAAAAAGGUCUUUCAAUACACAAAUCAUCCACUGCAACAGCAGAUGUCACAGAUCAGGGAGUCGGAGGCGACUAUGUAAGUGUCGAGUGCACUUUGAGACCAUCGACUAUCUACAAGAGGCAAGAAAUCCCAGCCUGUGUUAGUGUUGUGGAAGAUGUGAGAGGGGAAUUCAGCAGAGGAGACGGUGGUUAUGAACCACAGUGCUGUGUGAAAGACUCCACGGUGGCAGAGCCUGUUACAGUGCUUAGUGUUAACAGACAAUUUGAGGGGAACCAGGAGUGUAAGGAGUUUUUCACCUCUGAACAGGUUAGUUUGCAUGCUCCCCUCCCUGAAAAUGUUUUAUCACAUACACGCAUCCCCUGUGCAACCCGAAAUGCCCAACUGACUGUUCACUCAAAUGAAGAUGCACAUGUAGCUCUGUCAAAGCCAGCAGUAACACUAGACCACAAUGCAAACCUUGCUGGGACCGAAGAGCCCCUUUGUGACACACAGCUGUCCCCAACGAGCUCUGUCCUGCCUUCUUCGCCAUCAGCAUCACUUUUAUAUAAUGCUACAGGGAAGUGUCACUUGCUUUCAAAACAGACCGACAAAAAAACAGCAUCUAAAGCAGAAUGCACAGAUGCCCACAUAGAGGAAGAAUGCCCUCCAGUUGCGCAACCCAAAUCCUCAAGCUAUAAUGGAGAAACAGACACUUCACCCUCUGCAACCUCAAAACCAGAGCCCAGGCCAGUGCAAGAGGAGGAAAUUGCUCCUUUGUCUACCCAGCAGUGGAGAACAAAAACUCCCAGAAAACAACCUCAUCCAAGCCGCAGUGCUAACAUCCAAGAUCCAGACUUCCAGGGAGUGACAUUCAGGAUGGACACGGAGCUGGACGACAAUAGGGAACAGUGUCGGCUCCUCAUAACUUCAAAGUACAGCAAGGAGCUCCGCAAGAGUGUAAGAAAACCAAGGCCGAGGACACGGAUGUCCCAGAAAUCACUUAAAACCAGCAGCUCGGAUGAGGAGGGUGACCUGACGACCAGUGUGUCCAAGGGGAAAGUCUGUGCAUCAUGCUGCACUAAGAAAACCCCCAUGUGGAGGGACGCAGAGGACGGGACCCCUCUCUGUAACGCCUGUGGAAUAAGGUAUAAGAAGUACAGAGUGCGCUGUGUCAACUGCUGGCACAUCCCAAGGAAAGAGGGCAAUUCCACCUCACGCUGCCUCAAGUGCGGAAACUUUGUGAGGCUGACCUCAGCUCAGCGGAAACACACCACCUAGGGUGCAUACACCGAGGUUUUUAGGUUUUUAUCUCUACACACACUUGCACACAACGGUUCAAGACCACACUCUCUGGUCCUGCAGUCCAAUACAAUUCACUACAGAUGGGAAUAAAUACAUAGGAGACCAGCAGCUUCUUACAUCUUACUUGACUCAGUAUUUAAAUUAGUUUCAUUGCUUAAAUGUUGUACAGGAAACUAUCUAUGUUUGGCUUUAUGGCUGCCCUAUGAUGCCGUAUAAACCAAGAAAAACCACUAACAGGUAAAAAAAACCUAUAAGAAAAAAAUAAACUCAUAAAAUGUGUGAAAAACGAUCGGAUCCUUACUGCACGGAUCUUGUUUGUGUUACCUGCUAAUCUGUAUGUAAAAUGUGUGACCGAUGUUAUUAACAAAUUCACUUUCCUUUCUGCGUGAUGAAGGAUAUGUUGAUGAAACACAGACAGCUGAUGCAGUAUUAAUUGGACACUGAAGGGCUACUAUAAGUCGUGGACACAUUCAGUGGGAUGUUAAGUCAUAAUUCU